GGGUGUGUGGAGGUUGUCACGUGACGCUGCGACUGGCUUCUGUCACACUGGUAUAAAUCCACCUCUGUGUAUUUAGUCAGCCCUUUUCUCCACGCAAAGCUGCCGUGUUUUCAAGUCCAGGCUACAAAGUAGCUUCGACUUCUUCAGUCAUGGCUGACCAGGCUUUUGUGACAUUGGCUACCAAUGACAGCUAUGCUCGGGGAGCCAUGGUUUUGGGCAAGUCCCUCCUCAACCACAAUACAUCCAAGAAGCUAGUGGCACUCAUUGGUCCACAAGUGUCAGAGCCUUGCCAGUCUGUGCUGAAGAGAAUCUUUGACGAGGUGAGGGUGGUGGACGUGCUGGACAGCGGCGACACUGCACACCUGGCCAUGAUGAAGAGGCCUGACCUGGGUGUCACCUUCACCAAACUCCAUUGCUGGACUCUCACGCAUUACUCCAAAUGUGUUUUCAUGGAUGCAGACACACUGGUGCUUUCAAAUAUAGAUGAUCUCUUUGACAGAGAAGAGUUGUCAGCUGCUCCCGACCCUGGCUGGCCUGACUGCUUCAACUCCGGUGUGUUUGUUUUUCGUCCUUCUAUGGAGACUCAUGGCAAACUGCUUCAGUAUUGUACAGAACACGGCAGCUUUGAUGGAGGAGACCAAGGUGUUUUGAAUGGCUUCUUCAGCAACUGGGCAACAGCUGACAUAUCAAAACACCUCCCCUUCAUCUACAACCUCAGCAGCAUAGCCAUCUACACUUACCUUCCAGCCUUCAAGCAAUAUGGUGGAAAUGCCAAGGUGGUCCAUUUCCUGGGGAAGACCAAGCCAUGGAGUUACACAUUUGACACCAAAGACAAACAUAUCACAGGGAGUGUGCAUGAGGCCACCACACAUCCCACCUUCCUCCUGGACUGGUGGACCCUGUACUCCAGCGCUGUGGUGCCCAUGCUGCAGGAGCAAUAUGGAGACCAGCCUUUCCACUCCGGAUGUGUGGAGUUCCAGUACUGUGACAUGGUCACUUUUGAGAGUGGACAGGCUGAGAGCCCCUCUUCCCAUGCACAAGCACUCCAACCUCAGCUGUCCUCCGAAGAACGGAAGCAGAAAUGGGAGCAAGGUCAGGCAGACUACAUGGGAAUGGACUCAUUUGACAAUAUCAAGAGAAAGCUUGAUACUUUUCUGAAAUAAUGAAGCAAGUUAUCAAAAGAGCACUUGCAGUUUAACAAACUAUCACUACAGGUCUCAAGAAAAUACUGUAAAACAGGUUACUUUUCUCCUUCCUAUAUGUUUCUCAACUAGAAAUGAGUGGAGUCUCUCCCUCCACCUGCACUACCCCCUCAUGCUCCAAAGACAGGGCUGUCUAAAUGGGACAUAAAAAGUAAAAUAUUAUGAACUGCUUCAAUUGUCAUUAUUCAGUUUAUCCCGCCACAGGUAUCCGUUCUGCUUCACUGAAGAAAAUCAGGAAAGAUUUAUCAUAACAUAAAAUCACUUUUUUUUUCUUUUUUUUUUUGUUUUUUUUUUUUGUUUGUUUUUGGAAGCAUUCAAAAUAAUUGCAAUACCCCCCCCCAUAUGUCAGUGCUCUUUUUGUGAAAAGGAGAUGGAAACAAGAGUUGAACUGGGCCUUUUGUAUCUGUGUCUAAGAUUAGCAGACUUACAUGUACAUUCUUCAAUUUUCCUUUUUAUUAAUUUUUUUUUUUUUUUUUUACUAUGCAGUCAUCUAGCAGUCUUCUGAGCAUUAAUAUUUUAUUUUCUCUUGCCUCUGUUUAACAUAGAUAUGAAAACAUGUUUACAGCACUUCUGAAGGCCAUGGUAUGGUCAUUUUGCCAUACCUAUACACUAGAUGCUCAGUGCCUUAAUGUCUUGCUCUUUCUAUUAUCAACCUAUCUCUGUUACUAGCAACUUUUCUGUAGAUGAUUAGGUUUUUAACUUUCUUGUGUUUUACUUGACCAGGAUGUUGGCUGUACUACAAAAUAUUUCACCUGGAAAUGUUAAAAACCAUCAUUAAAAGUUUUGGAUUUGC